AGAAAAGACAAACAACUGGAUGAUAUGACCCAGGAAGUGAGAGAGAAAGAGAGACUACUGGAGGGAAAAGAUAAUGAAAUAAAGGAGAAGAAGGUUGAACUAGGAGACAAAGACAAGAAAAUAAAGGAAAAAGACCAUCAACUAGAGGAGAGAAACUAUAGACUGGAUGAUAUGACCCAGGAAGUGAGAGAGAAAGAGAGACUACUGGAGGAGAAGAACCAGACAAUGGGACAGAGGAAUAAACUAUUAGAAGAGAAAGAAAACCAACUGGAACAGAAAGAGAAGCAACUAAAGGAUAGAGACAUUCAACUAGAGACACUGAGAAAGAACCUGCAGGACAAGAACAGCCAAGUAGAGAACUUCAGAGUCCUACUGCAGGAAAAAGACCUUCAACUAGAGGACAGGAACCACAAACUGGGAGAGAAAGACAUACUACUGGAAGAGAGGGACAAACUACUGGAGGAAAAAUAUAAUGAACUAAAAGAGAGGAGGCAGGAACUAGAAGAGAAAGAUAAACUACUAGAGGAGAGAGAGAAGCAGUUAAAGGAACGAGACAAACAAGUGGAGGAUGUCAACAAUGAAAAUGCGGAACUGGCUCAACAGAUAUGUGAUGUGAAGACUGAGCUAGAGAGACUGAGAAGAGAGACCUCAGCCCAGAUGACUGAACAUGGAGACACCUCAGAUACAGGUUCCAUACUCCCAGUCAGGAGGAGACACAGCAUGGAUGGUCCUCCAUAUAUGGGAGGAGAGACCUCGGUACAGACCCCCACACUUCCACUGAGGAGGAGAAACAGCAUGGAGUUAAAUCCUCCUGAAAGUGAGUUAUGGAUUGGGAGGAGAGAGCAGCAGUCCAGACUCCCAGUGUCUCCCAGUGUGUCUGAGCUGAGACUGGUGCUGCUGGGGAGGACUGGGGCUGGGAGGAGUGCAGCAGGAAACACCAUCCUUGGCAGAGAGGAGUUUGGGGCCCAGGCCAGCCCCUCUGCAGUGACCCAGAGGAGUAAGAGGAGAGAGGGGGACGUGUCUGGGAGACGGUUGGUGCUGGUGGACACUCCAGACUGGUUCUGUCCUGUCUCUCUGGAUGAGAUGAGACAGGAUGUGGGGCUCUGUGUCCGUCUGUCUGCCCCAGGACCCCACGCCUUCCUCCUGGUCAUACCAGUGGAGCCCUCCAGGGGGGAGGAGAGAGGGGUGCUGGAGAGAAUAGAGGAGAUGUUUGGGGAGGGUUGUUGGGGACACACUGUGAUUCUAUUCACCCAUGCUGAUGGCCUGAAAGAGCAGAGCAUUGAGGAGUUUCUCCAAGCAGGGAGUCAGGACCUCCAGCAGCUUGUAGAGAAAUGUGGGAGCAGGUACCACGUCCUCAACAUUAAGGACAGGGCCCAUGGCACUCAGGUCCCAGAGCUGCUGGAGCAGGUAGAGGAGAUGGUGGCAGGAAACAGAGAGAGAUUCUACAGCAGUCAGACCUACCAGGAGUCAGAAGACCAGGUCAGAGAGAUGGAGGGAAAGAUCCAGAGGGAGAAAGAGGAGAGGAAACAGAGGGAGGAGAGAGAGGUGAGAGAUAGGUUUCAGAAGGAGUUGCAGGACUCGCUGAAGAAGAUAGAGGGAGUGAUCCAGGAACAUGAAGGAGAUAUCAGAACACUCAGUGAAAGAACCACUGAACUGGAGAGACAGGUGAAAGAAGAGAGGGAUGAGGAGAAGAAAAGGGAGCUGGAGAGAGAGCUGAAGAAAGAGUUUGAUAGGAGGGAGGGGAUGGAGAGAAAAGUGUGA